GCUUUAUAAACCCCUAGGUCAAUUUCAAACAGACGCUGCCGCCUCCGAGAUAGUAAAACCCGGUGUAGUAAAAAUGCUGACAUUCUACUUUGAUGAUACUUUUGUGAUCGAGAAGCUGGACCCGGAUGGUAAAAAGUUUGACAAAGUUUCUAGGAUUGUGGCGCGGAGUGAGAAGCGUGGCGCUUUGCUGCACCUGGAUGUGAAUACGGAGAUAUACCCUAUGCACGAGAAGGAUAAGUUCUUGAUGGUGCUGUCUCCUACGCUUAACUACGAUGGAGCACCUGUUACGAAAGAGUCGGAGGUUAAACAAAAGUCUCUUGUGGACAAGUUUGAAUAUAUUAUGCAUGGAUUGCUGUAUAAGAUGGAUCACAUGGGAUUAGAAUCUUCGGAUGGGGGCUCAAAGUCACCACCAUUAGUGGAAGUAUAUGUUUCUUUUGGUGGGCUACAAAUGAGGUUGAGAGCUGAUCCCACCAGCUGUGAGAAGUUUAAGGUUGACCAGAACAUGUUUUUGCUUAUUAGGAAGCUGAUGUAGAACUUUAUCAGAGAAUUAAAUCCAUAGCUAGUUAAACCUUCUACAUGCUUGAAAUGAAUCAGAGAUGCUAGCCUUGUAUAAAAGCCGAUGCUGUUGCACUUGUACGAGAUAAACAAAAGUAUUCAAUGAUAGACUUCCAAGGUUAUAAAUUUUCUGCUCAA